AUGGACGGCAGAGGCCAGUCUUCGCACGCUCCCAGGCGUCGCAGUAGCUUCGACGGAAUCCUUCGCGAGCAGGCCACGACUCCUAAGGUCACGCCCGCCACUGUCGCCGGCUCCGAUGGCGGCCUGCGACGGCGACAGAUAGGCAGACAGCCGCAGCAAACUUCGCAGCAGCCUUCGCAGCAGCAGCGCCGCCAGGAGCAGCAGCAACAACAACAACAACGGGGAGCGGACAAAAAAAGCGGAGACAAAGCUGACAAGGGCGAGAAGGGCUUGGAGAAGAGCGAGAAAUUCGACAGGAGCGGGAGAUUCGAGAGGAGCGAGAGCAGGAGGGGCGGGCGGUGGGGGUGCAUCGACUCGUGCUGCUGGACCAUGGGGAACGCCGUGUUCCUCUGGUUCCUGCUCAUGCUCGCCUAUCACCUCAUGCCACGUCAGCAGAUCCAGGCCAUCCAGGACGCGCUCGUGGGGCUCCCCGAGGUGGAGCCGCCUGGCGCGCGGCUGGCGGGGGAAGGCGUGAAGGCGAAGCACCCCGUGGUGUUCGUUCCGGGGAUAGUCACAGUCCCACCUUCCCCCCUUUCCCCGCUUCCCCUCCUUUCCCUCCCCUCCUCCCUCACUGAAUCUCCAUGCUUUCUUACUCUACCUCCCUUCCCCUCACAUUGUCUGCGUGCGUUCUCACCCCCUCCUACUCACCCCCUUCCUUCUCACCUGCGUGCUCUAGGGUGCGGGUUGGAGCUGUGGGAGGGGCGGCCGUGUGCGGCGGACCUUUUCAGGAAGAGGCUGUGGGGGGGAACCUUCGGGGAUGCUUACAGAAGGCCCGGCUGUUGGAUGGAGCACAUGUUGUUAGACAAUGAGACAGGCCUGGACCCUCCUGGUAUUCGCGUACGGCCGGUGUCAGGGCUGGUGGCGGCGGAUUACUUCUUACCCGGGUACUUUGUGUGGGCGGUGAUCAUCGAGCAGCUCGCCAAGAUCGGCUAUGAGGAGCGCAACAUGUUCAUGGCUGCUUAUGACUGGCGCCUCUCGUUUUAUAACACGCAGAAGAGGGAUCAAACGCUCAGUCGCCUCAAGGCCACCAUUGAAAUGCUUGUGAAGACCAACGAGGGCAAGAAGGCCGUGGUAGUGCCUCACUCCAUGGGAGUGCUCUAUUUCCUCUUCUUCAUGAAGUGGGUUGAAGCACCAGCGCCCCUGGGAGGGGGAGGGGGCCCGCAGUGGGUGCACAAUCACAUCCGGGCCGUCUUCAACAUCGGAGGGCCGCUUCUAGGGGCACCCAAGGCGUUCACUGGACUCUUCUCAGCAGAAGCUAAAGAUGUAGCGGCUAUCAGGGCGCUAGAUCCAGGCGUGUUUGGGAGCCUGCAGGCGCUGCAGCAUGUGAUGCGGGUGUCGCGCACAUGGGAUGCGACCAUGAGCAUGCUGCCCAAGGGGGGCGAGGCCGUGUGGGGCAACGCCACGUGGGCGCCCGAGGACUCCUUCAACUGCUCCAAGGCGCGCGCGAAACAGCUCCACCUGCAGCAGCAGCAGCAGGCGGGGGAGAGUGGGGGGAACAGCUCCAAGGCGGGAGGGGAUGGGAGGGCGAAAGGGUCAGGCAAGGGGCUGGGAGUGGAGGGGUUUCUGCGGACUUUGAUGGCGGAAGGGGCGUCCUCCUCUGCCCCUUCCUCCUCUUCCCCCUCGUCUGCUUCCUCCGCUGCUGCUACUGCCUCCACUACUGGUGCUCACUCCGAGGGGUCUGGCGAUGGCGGGCAGAGUGGCAGUGAGGGCGAUGGUGCCAAGGCAGUGGCGAGGGCAGCAGCGGCCACGUGCCCUGCAACUUUCCACUCCUACUUUCCCUUACUCUACGUGUCAUUUGGAGAAGCGUCAGCCACGCUCUCGGAGUCCCUCGUGUGCCCCUCAGGCGCCAAGGCAGCAGCCAGGGCAGCAGCUGCCACGUGCCCUGCCGCCUCCACGUGCCCAGCCACGUGGGGCGGGCAGCAGUACGUUCUCUCCGACCCCUGUAGCUGUGCCAUGCGCGAUUUGCUGCCGGAAGGGGAUGAUGAGUACAGUGACGAGACUGCUUAUAAGGGGGCGGAGGGGAAGGGAGGGGCGAGUUCUGGAGGGGAGAGGGACGAGUCAGAAGGAAAGGAAGAGAAAGCGCCUGUGAGGGAGAGUCGGCGCAAGCAGUGGCAGCGGCAGCUGGAGGAAACAGUGUUUCAGCACCUGCAGUCGCGCAACAAGUCGUGCGGGGAGGUGUGGACCGAAUAUCACGACAUGAGCUGGCAUGCGCUCAAGGACAUCGCCAACUGCCCCUUCUACACCGCGGGCGACGAGAGCGACGGCCCUUCUGGGGGCAUUCUGGGGCUGCUGAGACAGGUGGCGCCCAAGACGAUGGCACGAGCGGAUGAGAACUGGAGCUAUGGGAUUGCAGGGGAUCUGAGCGAGAGGAAGUAUGCGGAGGAGCCCAAGUACUGGGCGAACCCCCUGGAAACCAGCCUGCCCGACGCCCCGGAAAUGGAGGUGUACUGCGCGUACGGCACGGGGCUGCUGACAGAGAGGGCAUACGUGUACCGCCUGUCGCCCUCCAACGACACCUGCCUCAUCCCCUUCCGCAUCGAUGCCUCUGCCAAUGGGCCGCCUGGCCAGGCGGGGGACUGUCUGACAGAGGGGGCAUACUUCACGGACGGAGACGAGACAGCGCCCGUGCUCUCCAUGGGGCUGCCGUGCGCCAAGCUGUGGCGCGGCCGCACGCGCUUCAACCCCGCCGCCUCGCCCACCUACCUCAGGGAGUACGAGCACCGCCCCACCUCGGGGCUGCUGGCAGGCAGGAGCACGCAGAGUGGCAGCCACGUGGACAUCAUGGGUAACUUCGCACUCAUUGAGGAUAUUUUGCGGGUUGCCGCUGGUGCAACGGGGGCGGAGAUUGGUGGGGAUCAGAUUUAUUCUGAUAUACUGCACUGGGCCGAGCGGGUUAGUAUAAAACUGUAG